AUGCCUGCAUCGUCACACACGUCAGCCGCGUAUGGAUGGCGCGAGUCGUGGCCGCCUGCGCAGAUACAUCUACAGCCAGCCGCGACGACUGGCGACCGCAGAGGGGACGACACCGCCACGAUUAAGGAGGAGACCGGAGGCGACCUCCACAACGAUGACAUGCAGCUCACCGACGACAACCCGCUUGUGUACUUUCUCACCCCGACACCUCUGCUCUCCGUCGACGAUGACGGCGAAAGCUACUUUGUAGACGACUCAGAUUCGUCUUCCAUUUUUUAUGACAACGAGCGCGAUGACGACACCGGUUUCUAUGCCGGCACCAGCAUGGACCUCGAGUUUGAUGCCGGCAUCGAGGAUGACACGCACCCGCAGCCCAUUAUCCGCAGCGUCAGCCCGUCGUCCCUGAGCGGGACCCUUGGCAGCGGCGGGCGCACUUCCCACACAGCCAUGCGGCCGCCCACGCCUCCGUACUCGGCGACAGCUCGCCAUCCCAGCCGUCAAUCCGGCAACACCAACCUUACUGGAGCCGAUCCCUCAAUGUUUGAUAACAUUGACACCGCCGUUGUCUACGAAGACGGGGAGCACUACAUCCACUUUGGUGACGGAGACUACUCAGCCCAUCACAGCUCGUCGUCCUCGCCGACCAAUGACCGCACGUCUCCUCGCUCCUCGAGCCACGCCCUGUCGCCUCCACCCUUAUCAUCGUCACCGGGCGAACCGCGGUCGCUACCGGACAUCCACGACCUAUACACACACCACCGCCUCAACAACUCCCAAACACACCUCACUGUCGCUGGUGCCAUGAUUGUUCGGCGCAGGUCGCCGCGGUCCUGGCGCGUGCCGAGCCCAGACGUGUUUUCCAUUGAGGAAGAGACGGCAGAGGAGCUAUCGUCUGGUGUCGCCGCCUCACAUGGCCGCCCAGGGCGUCCUCAUCACGACCGCCACACCUCUGAAAGACAUCUACACGUAGAGGCUGCAAAGCCGCCCUUGAAGAAGCGGGUUCGUUUCGUGCUGCCCGGCGAGGAGGUUGCACAAGGAUCUUAA